UGCUAGAUGGUGUGCUGCAUACUCUUUGGCACAAAGUCAGCAAGCUUUUCAAUGGCCUCUGCAACAAUCUCCAAUGAAUUUUGAGGGGAAGCAGCCUGCACCUCAGGCAGAGCCUUUUCAGAAGUGUGAGGUUGAAGAAUAUGAAAAGGUGCAGUGUGGUGAACCUGGUAUUAAUCUUGAAAAUUGUGAGGCUAUUAACUGCUGUUUUGAUGGACAACAGUGCUACUAUGGCAAAACGGUGACUGUUCAGUGCACAAGAGAUGGGCAAUUUGUAAUUGUGGCAGCAAGAGACUCUACUCUCCCAAGACUGAGCCUGGAUUCCAUCAGUCUCUUGGGAGGACGUGAACCACCUUGUGGGGCUGUUGGUACCACAGUCUCUUUUGCCAUUUACCAGUUUCCUGUUACUGCUUGUGGCACCAAAAUGAUGAUGGAUGGUGACUAUCUUGUCUAUGAGAACAAGAUGACUUCUUCCUACGAAGUUGGUGUUGGACCACUUGGGUCCAUCACAAGAGACAGCAGCUAUGCACUUCUCUUCCAGUGUCGCUAUUUUGGCACCAGUAUUGAAGCAUUGGUAAUUGAAGUCAACACUGUUCCUCCACCACCUCCUGUGGCUGCACCUGGUCCCCUGAGAGUGGAGCUUAGACUGGCUAAUGGACAAUGUUUUGUUAAGGGGUGUGUUGAAGAGUAUCAGGUGUAUUCCUCAUACUACAGUGAGGAGGAAUACCCUGUGACUAAAGUCCUGAGAGAGCCAGUGUAUGUGGAAGUGCGCAUUAUGGAGCGGACUGACCCCAACAUUGUUCUAAAUCUGGAACGCUGCUGGGCGACCUCUAGCCCUGAACCUACGAGCCUGCCACAGUGGGAUCUUCUUGUGAAUGGCUGUCCUUACCAGGAUGACCGUUACCUGACCAACUUGGUUAAUUUGGAUGCAUCUUCAGGGCUUCAGUUUCCAACCCAUUACAAACGGUUCGUAGUCAAGAUGUUCACGUUUGUGGAUCCGGCAUCUCUGGCACCACUAAAGGAGAGGAUCUUUGUUCACUGCAGUACAUCAGUUUGCACCCCAACAGCCGCAGAUUCAUGUGUUCAGAGUUGCAACAGAAAGAGUAGGAGAGAUGCUGGGAUGGAAAAGGAUUCUGCUAGUGCAGUUGUCUCCAGUGGAGAAAUUAUUCUCCGCUACUGA